AUGUUGCGUUCUCAUUUUGAGUUCGCUUGUGUUCUAUAUAUUAUCUUUAUCUUAUCCGUAUUAUCAGUAUCGUUCAAUGAUUUUUGUUCAAAUGAUUUAUCUUGUCAUUAUCCGUUGAUUUGUUCAAACUCAAGUAAAUGUAUUUGUCCAAGCCCAUCAUCAUUUUGGAAUACGAAACAAAAUUCAUGUUUAUCUUGUCCAUCAGGAUGGAUAGAAUGGCAACAUGAAAAAUGUCUUUUAUUUAUUAUGCCAUCAAAGAAUGAUUUUACAUAUGAAAAAGCAAGAAAUAGUUGUUUAACAUAUUCAUCUGAACUACUACAUAUAGAUAAUGAUGAAGAUUUUAUGAAACUUCAAUACAAAGUAGAUGAUAUAGAUUGGAAAUUUCUAAGUGAUGGUGUUUGGAUGAGUAGAGAAGAAACCAACUUAUUUGAAUGGUGUGAUACAGGUUAUGAACAUAAUCAUCUCCUAUGGAAUAGUUGUAUUCGUCUUAUGAAAAAAUAUCCGGACAAGAAUAAUGUCACUUCGUUUUGUUUAAGAUAUACUCAAUGUAAUGAAAAUUUACCAUAUAUUUGUGAAAAAUUAGCUGAAACUCUUGAAGUCAAUAAUACGAUAAAUAAUUUUGCAAUUAUCGAACGAGCUUGGUCAGCUCUGAUUGGACCGAUCAUUAAUUUGGCUGGAAAUCUUUUCGGGUCAAGUCAACAGCCAGCACCAGAACCACAACAGCCAGAAAUACUUCUAGCUUCAUUUAAUGAGUCAUGUUCUAAUAAUUUUUCAUGUAUCAAUCCAUUAAUAUGUUCAAAUACAAAUAAAUGCCUAUGUCCAAAAUCAUCAUUAUUUUGGAAUUAUGAAGAAAACGAUUGUUUCUAUUGUCUACCAGGUUGGAUUCUAUGGGAAAAGAAUCAUUGUGUUUCAUUUGCUGUACCAUCUGAAAAUGGUCUUUCCUAUAAUCAAGCAAAUGAUAUUUGUCAUUCAUUUUCUGCACAACUCUAUCGAAUACAGAAUAUAGAUGAAUUUAAAAGAUUUGAAUUACAAGUAAAUGCAUUAUUAAAUAGUUCAUUUUCAAGUGCGAUCACACUGUUUUUUCGUCUUGGAGCAUGGAUAGAUAGUUAUGAUAUUAAAGAACUUGAAGAUGUUUGGUGUAAUGAAAAUAAGGAUAAUUCUACUUUUGAUUGCGUAGCUAUAAGAAAAGAGAACUCAAAAAAUGGUUCAUUAUGCUUACGUCGAUUAAAAUGUCAUGAAGAAAUGUUAUUCAUUUGUGGUAUGGCAGCCAUUUCUGAAAAACAUAAUUUGAGUUCUCGAUUUACAAAUCAACGAAUUGCACCAAUUGUUGGAGCAUUAGCACCUAUAGCUAUUGAUUUAGUUGGUAAUUUAUUGGUUGGAAAUAGUAUGUAUUUAAAUUUAAUUUUUUGUAAUAAUCUUUGCUGUAUUUCUGAAGAACCACCACCGCAACCAACAGGUCCACAACAAAUUAUCAUUCAACAAGAAUCUUUACCACAACCACAAAUUGGUGCGCAAGAAUCAUCAUCAGAUAAUACAUUACUCAUUGUUGGAUUGAUAGUUGGUGGUAUUAUAUUAUUUCUAAUUAUUUGUGGUGCUUUCGUUGCAAUAAUCAUAUUUACUGGUUGUAUGACACAGUCUUCAUCUACUCGACAAGUUAAUCAUCGAUCAAGUGUUGAAAGCGGUUAUACUUAUGGAUAA